AUGGAACUGCUUAUAGAUUACAUGAGCUUCAACUCCUUUUGUGCGCUCACGAAUGAUACCGCAGCCAAACCGCCGGAAUUGGAACAUUUGCAGUUGUUGUUUAAGAAUAUACAGCUCGUCCUCUGUAUUUUCGGCAUCAUUGGCAACAUCCUAAACCUCCGCACCCUCCAAUGCCCAUCCCUAAAAACUAUCCCAUUCAUGUACAUACGAGCAUUAGCUAUCUUCGACUUGUGCGGAUUAUCAUGCAUAGUAUUUCAUCUCCUACUUGAUGAUGAUGGCUACGAAAGCUACUAUGUCAUUUUUUACCUAACCUAUCUGGACGCGAUUUUCAUCAACGGAUUUUUGAUUGCGGGGCUGUACUGUGCGUUUAUGUUGACUAUUGAAAGGAAGCUGCAGAUUGCAAAGAAAAACCGUCGGAAAAUUCUCAAGAAAACGCCUACAAAAGCCCAACAAUUCGCAAAUCACCGCAGUUCAAUAGCAUACCAUUCUGAAGCUGUGCAAUUAGGAAAAGAAGUAAACCUCGUCAAAAGCUUUACUGAAAAGAAGCUACCGUAU